AUGUCCUUGAAAUCUCCAACUACUGAGCUCCUCUUUUAUGAAAGCCCAAUAUCAACCCUUCUCUACGAGAUACGCACCUCUGAACAACACUAUAGAGACCAACUAUCCAAGUUAUUAGGAUGCUGCUCCCCUUUGAAAAGACAAGCUGCUAAUGGAUUCACCAAUUCUGUGAGAAAAUUGAUUGCAUAUCAUACUGAUUUAGUUAGAUCUUUGGAUCAUGUUGAUGAAGUGCAAAGUAUUUAUAACUUCAUCCAGUGGACCCAAAAUUCUAUACCGGUUUAUCAAAAUUAUGUGGCAAAUUAUCAAUUGGAUGCAAAUUCUUUACAGAUCGAGAUUCAACUAAAGAAAAAUCCAUUAAUAAGAAUAAAUCAAUUGAAUAAAUAUUUCAAUAAAAUCAUUGAAAUUAAUGAAAAUCAUACAGGUGAAAUCAUUUCAUUUGAUUCUAAAAUCUCACAAAAUCUAAUGAAACUAAUGCAAAUGGCUAAGGAUAAAAAUGAAAUGGAAAAUUUACGUAUUGAUUUAAACACUUUAUUAUUCAACAAAGUCCAUUCAUUAGAUUUACAAUUUUCAAACACCGUGGGGUUUUUCCAAUUAGAUCAAUCAAUCAAAAGAGAUUAUUUUAAAUUUGAUCUAUUACAUCCUAAAUCUACACUAGUGGAUACACUUGUUGAAGUUUUCCAAUUAUCAAACAACACUUUGGCAAUCUGUUCAGUGGAGUCUAUAGGAAGAAGUUUAAUGUUCCCACCUUUGAAAAAUGGUGAUUUUGAAAUAAUAUCAAAUGAUUUGAAUUUAAUCCAUUUGCAAAAUGAUGAUGAUGUGGAGUUGAAAUUCACAUGUCCUGAUAAAUCUCAAUUAUCUUAUUGGAAUGGGAUCAUAAAGAAUUUAUUUAAUAAUAAUGGUGAUGAUGUUGGUUCAAAUUUCCAAAAAAGUCAUUAUAAACUACAAGAUUUGAAAAAUGACAAGAUGGGAUUAGGUAUUAAAUUAGAUGAUAAUCAAUCAAUUGGUUCAUUAUUAAGAAGAUCUUCCCCAAUUUUAUCAAAACAUACAUCUUUAGCCAGUGAUUAUUCAAAUCAAAUAUUGUCAGAAAUUUCACCAAAUUUAUCAAAUAUUGAUCAAUUUUUCGCUCAUGAUGCUGAUCUAAACAAAUUAAACUCUUAUACAAGUGAUCAAGAUGCCAAGGUUGCACGUAAUAAUUCAAUCACUCCAAGAUUAAAUUCAGUUCCAAGAUCAACUACCCAGGAUUCUUUUUCAAGUGGUGAAGAAAUCACAUCAAAGAAUGUUGAAUCUAUAGGUACUCCAUCUCCAACAUUACCUUUAAAUAUUAAGAAAUCAAUCAAAACUACAAAUUUAAAUUUACAAGAUUUAUCAAAUUCAUCCACAGUUUCAUUACCAAAUUUCCAAUCAUCUCAACCUAAUUUAUUGAAUCUAAAUACAGGUUCUUCAAUUGACCUAUCUUCAAAAUUUGAUAAACCAAAAUUGAAAAAAAGAAGAUCAAUCUUUAAUCUAUUCACCAAAAAACUAAACAAUGAACCAGAAUUUGAAAUUGUUACAAAAGAAUCAACAAAGAAACCUGAACUGGAAACUUCCUCAGCUAUCAACCCACAACCAUCUCAAUCAAUGGCCUCAUUACAAAAAAAUGUGAAAAAUUUAACAAUCUCCACAUCAUCCACAUCUUCAACUACUGAAUCACCAUUACCAUCACCAUUUGCACGCUCUAAUACAAAACAGCAUUCAUUAACACCAUUUGAAGAAACAACACUAGCCUCAUCCACCAUCACACGAGUUUUGAAAAACAACACCAUAGUUUCAAAAUGGAGUCAAUCCCACUGGGAAUCAAUUGGUGAAGAGUAUGGACAUGUUGUGAAAUUCCUAUCCUCGUCACAGGGCCGUUUGUUUGUGUUAUACCAGGGUGAUGGGUCCAUAAUACCUGAAUUGAUGAUCCCUACUGAAGGUGCCUGUGUUAAUAAAUCAUCUGCAUUGGAUCUACAAAUCAAAUGUUAUCAAUCUGUUGAAUCCAAAAAGAUGAUGAUGUUGAAUGUUAGAGUUAAAGAUGUUUAUACACUAAGAUUGAUUAUGAAUGAGUUUGAGAAUAAGGAAACUUUGAGUGCUUCGAAUAGUGAUGUCUUCAGUGCUCCAAGUAAUAGCACAAGUAUGAGUUCUGUGAAUGUUGAUGAGAUUCAAGAGUUGGGUAAGCCUUAUAAGAAUGGCCAUGUUGGUUCAGGUUCUUCAACCUCGUUACAUACAAAGACUUUAUUGUUGAAGAGUGAUGUUAAGAUAAAAUUACAUAAGUUGGAUCAGGAUGAAGAAUGGAGACCAAUUUCAAUUGGGAAGUUUAACAUUUCUUCAAACUUGGGAAAUCCAGAAUAUUCAAAAUUUGAAAUUAAUUGUAAUGAUAAGACAAGGAUUGAAACUAUUGUUAAGAAUUCAAAUUGUUCAAGAAUUGGAAGAACUGGGUUAACUUUUAAUUUUGUUGAUGAUGAAUUAGAAAUUGAUCAAGUUAAUUAUUUAAUUGAAUUUAGAAAUUCACAGGAAUGUGUGGAGAUUUAUGAGAUGUUGAUAUAA